AUGGGCCACCAGCAUCUGCAUUGGAGUCACCCAAGGAAGUUCGACCAGGGAUCCCGCUCCUGCCUCAUGUGUUUAAACAGACAUGGACUGAUCUGCAAAUAUGGAAUGAACAUGUGCCACCAGUGCUUCAGGCAGUAUGUAAAGUACAUUGGCUUUAUCAAGCUAGACUAAACGGAUACUUAUUUGUAUAUUUGGAUAAGAUCUAUGGCCAUAAAUGAAUACUUCAAAUGAGAUGUGCAGUUUGUACCUAAGACUUUGAAGAAAAUACACAUGUGAAUUAUGUUGGUUUGCAUCUUGCAGUUGGUACCCAGGACUUUGAAGAACACACACAUGUAAAUAAAAUCAGUUUCUACC